AUGAACAAUAUUUCAAGCAUUAUCAUUGAUGUAAGUGUAUUCAUUUUUGCAUUGACUGGUGCUUUAACAUCAAUUGGAAUACUUAUUCUAAUCUUUUGUCAUCGACAUCAAUGUCCUAUUAAUACAGCAACUCGUCUCAUCUGUAAUAACUAUUUAGCCGGCAUGAUUUCCUGUUUACUUUUAUUAGACACUUAUGCACAUAAUUUGUAUGGUAUCUUGCAUGAAAAUAUUUCUUUUAACAACUGGUGGUGUUAUGCACGUUCCUAUCUCGUUGCUGUUGGACUUGCUGCACUCUAUCAUUCAUAUUUAAUUCAAGCAUAUUUUCGUUUAUCUCGUGUGGUUUUUUACAAACGUAAACAAUUAUAUAGUUCUCGAUUCAUGUUUCGACUAAUUUUGAUCCAAUGGUUAAUCGAUUUUCUUGUUUUAAUACCUUCGUUGAUUCUUCAACAUUAUGAUUAUAUGCCACAGUAUUAUUAUUGUCAAAUAUUAUAUACUAAUUGGCGUGGAAUAGUAAAUAUCAGUAUUAUUGUGUAUUAUUUUCCGAUGACUGUGAUUGGAUCAAUUUAUUUUUACAUUGUAUAUUAUAUGAAACAGAACAAAAGCAUUGCUAUUCAACAAAAUCGUCAACUUGGAAAUCAACGUGAUCUAACUGUUCUUCGUCGCAUUAUUAUUCUCAUUGGAAUGCUUUGUAUGUUGAGUUUUCCUUCAGUGGUAUUAUAUUUCUGGUAUCUUAUCACUGGUUAUUUAAUUCCAUGGAUUUAUCAUUUUCAAUGGCUAACAUUCACUUUAUCAUUAGCCAUUUUACCGAUAGCGACAGCUUGCUUAACACCUCAAUUACGUGAAUUAUUUAUUCUUAAAUUCAGACAGCAUCUUCGUAUUCAUCCAAUCAUGGAGAUACAACAGACUGAUUUAACAACUACCAGACAGGAAACAUUGUAA